AUGUCGGUCUCUAUGCUGCCGGACUGGAAGCAGCUCCUCCUGGAACGAAAGAGAAGAGAAGAGGAGGAGAGAGAGAAAAGAGACCGAGAGGAAGAGGAGAGACUGGCUAGCAUGCCAGCCUGGAAACGAGGGAUCAUUCACCGUCGCAAGGCAAAGCAGGAAGGUGGAGGAGAGAAGGACGGAGAAAAAGUGAGAGAAGCAGGACGAGAGUUCGAACCCAAGACUGUGUCUGUAGAACCCAUCUGGAAAAAUUAUUUUAUUUUUUCACAGAAUGGUUUUACAAGAGAGCAGCAGAGGAAAGAAAUGGAGAAAGGGAACAAUGAAGGAAAGAGACAAAGAGAGCGCAACUACGAGAGGAUGAGUGGAGAGAAAAAAGAGAAAUACAAAGAGAGAGAAGACAACAGAGGUAAAUGGAUACAGAUGGAAAGAAUCAGAGAGAGAGAUAUAAUUGAGGGCAUGAAGGAAAGAGAGAGUGAUGCUGAUAGAGGAAGGAAAGUAGGGGAGAGAGAUGACGUCCUCUCCACUCUCGUCUCUGGUAUUCACACCAUUAAAGCAGAAAACAUCAUCAUCAUUGAGAACAGAAAGAACCAACGAGAGAAGGUAGAGAGUGAUGGAGAGAGAAAAACUGAGGAGGGAAAGAAGCAAGGGAUGGACCUGAAGGAGUUUCUGGCUGGUGGAGAAAAAGUGACUGAGAUCUGUGUAUCAGAGGUGCUGAUCAUCCAGCCAUCCAUAAAAGAAGAGAGGAGCAAGGAAGACAGGAAGCAAGGGAAUGAAGAUGAAAAGAAAAGAACAUUGGGAGUAAUAGAAAGAGAGGGAGGGGAAACAGAAUGCAGAAGGGUAAGCCAACUGAUUGGAAAAUUUGGUGAGAAUUAUAAAUUUCCCUGCAGGUCCAAAAGCAGUGACUGCUUCGUCCUUAUGGAAAUGGGGGGAGAGAGAGAGAGAAAUGAUAGAGAACAGCAAACAAAAUUCCAAAAUGAAUCCAUGAAGAUUGUGAAAUAUGGACAGGCAGUGACACCAGUGCCACAGUCCAUGGUAAAGUUAUCAGAUGGAGAGAUAGAAUCACAGAGCAGCAGAGAGGAGCAAGGGAUGAGUAUGACCUGGAACGAGGCAGUACAUCACAAAGGAGAGAUAAUCAACCUUAGACCAGUCUUUUACGGGAUCAGUGAGCAGAGCUUCUCAAGGAAAGAUAGGGGUGAAAUAAGACAAGUAGAGAGGAGGUUGAGCUGGAAGGCUGGGAGAUCUUUGACCAGAGUGGAGUCUCUAAGAGAGAAUAUACAGCAGAAAGAGAGAGGAGGAGAACGAGUAAGAGAGGCUAAGAUGGAGAGCAGACAGGAAGUGGCCUCACCGCAGUCUCUCAGCCAGUUUGAUGUCACAAGGGAAGUAAGUAAAGAGGAACUUCCUGUAUGUGUUCCUCCUUCUCUCUCAGCUGAAAAAGAACCCUCUGUUCUCACAGAGCGACAUGACGGAGUGAUACGAACACUAGAAAGAGAAAAAGAACAAGAGGAGGAUCUGUUGGGGGAGAAUUACAUCGCUCCUUCUCAAUCUUCAUCCUCUUCCAGUUCUCCACCUCCUCCUCUCGGCCACACUCAGCCUGCCAUGAGUCGGAUCUAUAACCUGAAGCCUGCAACCUCCCGGGCCGGUGUGUGUAUCACUGAGAGGAACCUGGACGUCCAAGCACACAGUGGAGGAAUAAUAAAGAUCCGAUCUGGGGGACAGUUUGCGCCUGGUCCUCCGAAAAUUGCGUCAGAAAUAGUUUCACUGCGAUCGGUGCAGCGUCAAGUAGAGCAGCUUAAUCUCAAAGAACAGGAAGUCCAGAGACGAAAUGAUGGAGGAGCGUCGCAAAAACAGAACGUGUGUGAGACAGGUCAGGAGCAAAACGUCGAUAUGCAAAAAAGCCAAACACACACCAUCUCAAAACCUUCCUCAGAACUGAGGGUACAGACUCAACUUCCGCAAAUCAGCACUUCCACCACAAAGAACAUAAACACUCAAAUAGAGCCAACUGUCACAACUCCAUCUACUCCUCUCUUCACCAUCCGGAGCGCCUCUGGAGGCCCAGGAAAGAGAGGCGCCACCUUUACCAUCACUCCCAGGACACCUUCGUCUUCUGUCACAACUCUUAAAGUGUCUUCGUCUUCCAGCACGACUUCUAAAGCACCAAGUAACACACCAGAACUGUCCAAGAAACGAUAUCCAACUGCAGAGGAGAUUGAAGUGAUUGGUGGUUAUCAACACCUGGAGAGAUCCUGCUUGGUGAAGAACCGAGGAUCUCCAAAAAUGGUGAGAGUGCGUUUUGAUGACUCUCAGUUGGAGUGUGUGUCUACAUACCCGUCAGAGGAGUCUAUGGUCGGAGAGGAGGGAAGCAGCGAUGAUUGGUGGAGAAUGGAGGAAAAAAAAGAAGAAAAGGAUGAAGAGGAGGAUGAAGAUGGAGUAAUUGGAGCAGGAAGAGGAAUGAACAGAGUGCUUCGAGUGGAUGAGUCAUGUCGGCGUUAAUCGCUGUCAUCGUAACCUGAACCUGAAUUUUCACAGUUUAAUAGCUGACUGAAUGUGAUGAUUAGGAUGGAUAUUUCUGUGUGAAUAAAAUGCUGUCUGCACAUUGAUAAUAUACAAUAACAGUAAAUGAAAUAGUAUAUAAUUAUAAAGAGUCCUGUGCAUAAUCAUUUAUUAUCAUUAAUAAAUUAAUAAAAAAAAUAAGCAAAAUACAGAUCUUCCAUGUUUACAUAGGGCUUUGGUGUUGUGUUCUUAUAAUUUUUUAAUUAACUGAUAGUUUUGUUUGUUUCUGGGUAAACUUUAAUAUUGCAGUAUUUCUGAUGUGUAAUUUUGGCUAAUUCUGUUUUCUUUUAUGGUUCAAGAAGCUGGCUUCAAAUAAAAAUGUAAAUAAAAAUUAAUAUUUUUCAGCA